AGUGAAAGGAUUUUGGUAUACAGUAGUCAUUUUGCAGUACCGUAUCCGUCGCGCAAUCGCUACGGUCGUCCGUACAUCUCGGGAAGACCGCUGCUGACGUGCGAUCGACAAAAGAUUGUGCAAUUGUUCGAGAAUGGAAUGAAGAAGAUCCACAUUGCAAAACAGCUUGGUAUAACCCAUAGCUGUGUGAGUAAAGUGUUGAGAAAGUAUCAGGACACCGGUAUGGUCGAAGCUCGGGCUUGCAGGACGGCUUCGUGUUCAUGUCCUGGCUAUGCAUCGAACCAUGACGCUAAAUUGUGCCAACAUAUACGAACAAGACGACUACUGUUUACCAUAGAAAAUAUUCUUCGAACUGAUGCCGGUUCAGUGGUCUACUUUUCCAAAAUGAAGGAGGACUCCACGUAA